CCGCGCCGCACCACGGGUUCUACAAGCGAAGCCCGGGCGAUCAACGGAGAGUGCACAGGCUAGCAGGUAUCUCGUACAGAGUGACCGCGCUACGUACACUGCAUAUUAGCCGACUAGAAGCACUCUCGCCAUUCGUCUGUCCUAUCGGUCUCUGCUCUGUGCUCAUCAGUCCUAUCCUAGAGCAGCCGUCUCGCGCGGCCGUGCUGCUGAAGUCAUGGUCGUGGUUUGCAAGACUCAGGGUCAGCCGUUGGCCGUUUUACUCAUAGGAACCGCGUAAUUUGUUGUCGCUAAAGCCAUUAGUAUGUCCUUAGUCUCUUUUCUCGGUCGUCGCGAGCAUCGCUAAGUAUGCCGCUAAUACCAAGCGUUUCUGAUGCCACUGCCACUGCCACUGCCACGUGUCGCUAGCAGCAGGCGCAAGCACCUAUAGUAGCGUGACCGAGCGUCGAGCGGUAGAGAGCGCCGUUCCUCUCUGCCCAGCGAUGCAGCAGGGGGAAGGCGCGCCGCUGCUGAAGGCGGAGCCUUGGGCGGAGAGCCUCGAGCCGCCCCCCGCCAGCCCCGCCCAACGACCGCUCUCCUCCCUCAGUGCCGCGCCGCCCUCCUCCCUCCCUCUGCCGCCUUCUCUCUCCACCCCACGCGCGCUUGAGCCCGUCCCCACUCUCCCGCACGGCUUCACAGACCUCAAAUCGCCGCUUUUCAAGGCGCCGCCUCAUCCUGCCACAUCGCACGGCGCGCCUCUCUUAUCGCACGCCGCCGCCAGCGACGCAAAACCGUCGCCUGGCAGCCGCGUGUUACGCGGGUUCGUGUCGCUGAUCGUCGUGUUCGCCGCGUCGCUGCUGCUCCUCUCGCAGCUGCCGCUCAUCUCCUCCGUGCUGUCCCCGUUUGUGUCGCCGCUCGAUAUAAGCGUGGAGGAGGCGGAGCAGCCGGAGCAGGCGGGCGCGUCGCAGGUGGGCGGCGUGUGGGGGCAGGUCAGCCGGCAGGGCAGCAUCGCCUUCCUCUUCCUCACGCGCGGCCCCAUGCCCCUCGCCCCGCUCUGGGAAAAAUUCCUCCAGGGCCACGAGGGGCGCUACUCCAUCUACGUGCAUGCGUCCAACACCUCUUUCUCCUUUCCCCCCGGCUCCUCGCCCAUCUUCCGUGGCCGCCUCGUACCGGGCGGUGAGGUGCAGUGGGGCGAGAUAUCGAUGGUGGACGCGGAGAGGCGCCUGCUGGAGGCGGCGGUGCAGGACGAGACCAACCGCUUCUUUGUGCUGCUCAGCGAGAGCUGCAUCCCCUUGUGGCCGUUCGACUACAUCUACAGCUACAUCGCCUCCUCCUCUCUCAGCUUCGUUGACGCCUACCCCGAUCCAUACAACAUGUCGUUUGGGCGCUACAUCCCGCACAUAUUCAUGCCCGUCAUCCGGAGACGACAAUUCCUCAAAGGCAACCAGUGGUUCAUCCUGAGGCGACGCCAUGCGGAGUUGGUGGUGAGGGACACGUUGCACUACACCAAGCACAACCUCAGCUGCGCGUUUCGGUUGCAGUGGGGCAAGCUGUGCUGUGCGGAUGAGCACUACAUCCAAACGCUCUUACAUAUGACCAACCCCGCCGGCAUUUCCCGCUACCCGACCACCUUUGCGGACUGGAGCGCCAACGAGUGGCACCCGACCACCUACUAUGCUCCAAACAUGACUGAUGACGUCAUCAGGACCAUCAAGUCGGCACGGGAGUUCAUCACGUACCGCUCAUUCUGGAACGACUUCCAAGACAACUACACGCAUAUAACCGACCCCAACGCGCCGCAGCCUCCUCUGGCGGUUGCCAACGGGCACUGUGUGGUGCAGGGGGAGCCGCGCAACUGCUUCCUCUUCGCGCGCAAGUUCCACCCGUCAGCGCUGCCCUUCCUCAUGCGCAAGUCACUAGCCCUCCUCGGGUUCUAGGUCUGCAGCGUGUGCCUUUUUCUCCAAAAUCGCUCACAAGUUCCACCCAUCAGCUACCAUAUUCUAUUCCUCAAUGCGCAAGUCGCAAGCCCUCCUCGGGACCUGAGUUCCAGCGUUUAGGGCUGACCUGGGCACCUCUGGUGCCCGAGGUGAAACCCAGAGCACCUGAGCAGCAGCAUCGUCUGCAGUGCGUAUCCAUCACGCUCUUGAACGACAAGCAAUGUACUCUUACAGCUCACAGUUGAAAAGGCCGGGUCGCGUUGGAACCGGAAGGCCAGUGGUGCCCGCAAUUAUCAGGAGGACAGUUGAGGAGGAAUGAUUGCAGAGGAAUCGCCCAUCGACAUGCCGAAUUGGAAAUGUACAUAUUAGUCAUUUGUGCUUGAUCGUGCACCCGUUUUGAGUUGUGUUGUAGUGUUAGGAAUCUGCUAUGGGUUGCUCUGGGUUGCUCUGGAGGUGGUGAUGGAGUUUUACAGGGUCGCACCGCCAGGCAUAUGGCAGUGGGAGUUUGUGCCAGUAGGUUUAAGCUUCUAGGAAAAGUACAAUUUUGUAGUGUUAUAGAGAUAUGAUUGUUAUUGAACACCAAUAAGCGAUAG